AUGGAUCCGCCGUCAGGCAACGGAGUUCCCUAUGGAGGUCCUGUCGCCGAAGACAACAUCAUCAACAGAAGAGGUGGCGAGUCCAUCUACCAGACCAUUGUGCAUUUGAAGCGCCGUCUCGCCGAAGUGCCAGGCUUUGAUGGUCACCUGGUAGAAAUGGAAGCUGAAGAGGAGGUUUCGGGCGACCUAGUAGCCUCGCUGUGGAAGUGCUUUCGACAAGGUUACCCGUUACUCACUAUUUUCAACGCCUCGCAACCCGACGAGGUCCAACAGAUUGACCCGGAGAAGGUCCCCGAGGCCAAACGACCCAAAGCGGCCACUUUUAAGUUCUUGCAGGCUUCCAUGCAUGAUCUUGGCUUUGCCCAGCAAGACUGCUUUUUGAUUACCGAUCUGUACAGCGAUAACAUUACGGGCUUUAUCAAGGUUAUCAAAAUGGUAAACCGCGUACUAGACUCAUUGGAAAUCCAAGGCCAGCUACGACGGCCGUCUCUUGCCAUCCCAGGUUUACAGGGCGACCAAGGAACUGUCAAGCUUACCAAGCGCCAGCAUAUUUUAAAAGAACUGCUUGAAACCGAGCGUGACUAUGUGCACCACAUCCAGAAUUUACAGGCUUUGAAGAAAGAACUCGAUGAGACCGGCGCCCUGACUGGUGACAAGAGCCACCAGAUCUUUUCAAACUUGAACAUCUUGCUCGACUACGCCCAGCGCCUGCUUAUUCGUAUGGAACAGCACUAUGCCUUGUCUGAGGAACGCCAGGAUUGGGGUCGCCUUUUCCUUGAAUCAGAGGCCGCUCUUCGCCAAUAUGAACCCUUUAUUGCCAACCAGCUGUUGUGUGACGAAGUUUGUCUUCAGGAGUGGGACAAGAUCAGGCUUGCCCCGCGCUCAACAGAUCUAAAGCAAAUGGUGGCUAUGCCUGCAACCCUCAAUAGCUUUUUCGUCAAACCCUUUCAGCGUCUGACGAAAUACCCACUCAUGCUUUUGGAGCUACGAAAGCAGAUUGAAAACGAGGAUUUGCAGAGUAACAUCACCCGUGCAGUUGACAUGAUUCAAUCUGUUCUUGACCUUGCCAAUUUAGCCAUUGAUGAAGAGCAUCUCAAAUCCGCAAUGGAAGACCUUGCCCACCGAGUGGAUGAUUGGAAGACCUUGAAAGUGGAGGCUUUUGGGAAGCUACUACGGUUUGGCACAUUUACUGUGUUGAAAGGAGACACCAAUAAGGAUGCAGAGAGAGAGUUUCAUAUUUACCUGUUCGAACGCAUCCUUCUUUGCUGCAAAGAUGUCAAUCCCAACAAGCAAAAAACAAAACUAAUUGGCUCCAAAGACAAGCCAUCAGGGAAUCUCAAGGGCAAGGCGCGUUUGCAGCUCAAAGGCCGAAUUUACAUGGCCAACGUUACAGACAUAGUCGUGCUUCAAAAACCAGGUUCUCAUCGGAUUCAAAUCUUUUGGAAAGGUGAUCCUGGGGUGGUUGACAACUUCAUUAUUCGAUACACAAACGAAGAUAUAAUGAAGAAAUGGCACAAGGACAUUGAAAUGCUGCGGCAAGAACAAGCAGGCCAGCGCAAUGUCCGACACACCGGAACUUCGGACUCGGAAUUUAUGUACAUGCAAAAUAUGCAGGGAAUGGUCAAUCCAUAUCAACAGGAGUAUGAUGCCGAAGAAGAUUCACAGGUGCAAUCGGGGAGCUUUUCGGAGUUCCCCGUUAGCAGGAAUGCAUCGAGCACGAGUCUCCGAGCCCGGUCAGCAACUGGAGGGAGCAGCGGUUCCAUUGCUCUUCCUGGGAUGCGGGCACCGCCCCGAUUUCCACUGCCAGAUCUCCCCCCGGCACUCCAUACACAGCUUUCCAACGGUAGCCUGUCGCCGGGCGAGCGAUUCGUUCAGGACUCGUCAUAUUUCUCUCCAAUAACUGAGACGCCUUCGACACGCUCGAGCUCGCAAUCGACAUUCAACUACUCCCGACAGAUGUCCUCCUCUUCGACCGUAUGGAGUGAAGAGUCCAACCGAUACACGGCGCCAGCGUUAUCCAGUCGAAUGUCGAAAGACGGGCCUAAUCACAAUCCUUACUUCAGUGGAGCAACUCCCAACAGUAACGGCGCCAAUGGACGAGUACAACGUCCAUCUCUGCCGCCAAUGUCCAUCCAAGGCCAGCCGAUGAACACAAUGUCACAGAGGGUGCGCUCAGCCAGCAGUCCCGAUAUCCACAACCACAACCCUUCUCGGUAUGCAAACGGGGGACACACGAUGCAAACCAUCGACAACGUCCCGGUUCCGCCUAUUCCGCCGCAGCUUGCAAAUAUGAGAGCACCAGUCAACCGGAGUCAGAACAAUUCUCCUACAAAUGGGAAUCUACCAAUUCGAUCUGCUGCUCAGACUCCCGUCAGUGGCUCGCGGCAUACGCCUUCUGGCGGGUACCAUGAUCAACCGUAUACCUCGGCACUGGCCACAAGCCAAUCAUCCCUUUCAAAAAAUCCCCUUGCUGAGGCUGGGAUGCUUGAAUCUGAAGUAUCGGGGGCUUCGGGCCCCGUCAUGCCGACUCAGUUGAAAGCCAAGGUCAGUUACGAUGGUAGCUACGUGACUCUUGUGAUUGCCAGCAACAUUCUCUUCCGGUCUUUGACAGAUCGGGUGGAUGCCAAGCUUGCGCGCUUUACGCAACGCUCCAUCGGCAACAACACUGCUCGGCUUCGAUAUCAAGAUGAGGAUGGAGACUUUGUCACUAUCGACAGCGACGAGGCAGUGCAGCUGGCCUUUAUGGAAUGGCGAGACCAGCACCAGGACGUCAUCUCCCAGGGCCAAGUCGGCGAGAUCCAUCUGUUCUGCCAAGCGGUUGACCCCUAG